GGUUGCGUACCGCAGUGCUCAGAGCAUGCUUUAAAGUCUGGAGUUAGCUUUCAUCGCUUUCCUGCCGAAAAGAAACUGAAAUCGCAGUGAGGGAAGAAGUUGACUGCGCACGACGUGGUGUGUGGUCGCCACUUCUCACGCGAUGCCUUCCAAGCAAACUACGCUACUGGACGAGGGCCCAAGAGGAGGUUCUUGAAAAACAACGCCGUUCCGUCGGAGAAUCUUCCGAAGGGAUCACACGACAGUGUCGUGAGGCUUCGGAAGCCACCGAGAGGUAACAGGGCAGCAUCCAACACGAGCUGCUUGCCUCCUGGUGCUGCAGCGUCAACACAGCACCUCCUGACUGCUUUCGAGAAUGUGCAACAAGACUGUGAGAGCGACGAGACCGUUUCCUGUGAUGGGUACAGCGAGGCCACUUUCACCUGUGACAAGCACUGCACGGAGACCAGCAGUCACUGCAGUGACAGUGAAAUACAAUGGCCCCACGACUCCCUUUCGAACAUCCAAAAGGAAUUGCCUACCCAGGAUGCCUGCGUUCAAGUAGACAGCAUGUUGCAGGCGAAGCUAGGGCCCCACGUUCGCUUGGCGAAAGCUAAAAGUGACACUGUGCUCAUCACAUUGAUGAAGCUCUAUCAUGAUGUCAUUAUCAGUUUCCUAGCGUUCCUUUUCAGGAUACAUAGAAUAACGGCGUCUGAGAACGUGAAGAUGUCCCUUUGUGUCCUGAGAAAGGUUUUAGGGUCAGCCCUGUAUGUUCCCUGCGACCAGUCUAUUGAGAACAACCUCACAGUUUACUUUAAAAAGUUUCCUCGCACGAAAGUUGUUCUGGACUGCACUGAGAUCCCCAUCCAGCGACCACUUGACCUUGCAUCCAGGAUACUGAUGUACAGUCAUUAUAAGAAAACCUACACCCUAAAAGUGCUGAUUGGGUACGCACCAACUGGCAUGUUUACAUUCGUAAUGGUCGACAAGGGCUUCCUUAUUGACAAGCUUUGA